UAAGUUGUACUGGUAAGUACGGAGGACGCGCAGAGUCAACUUUGUGGAGUAGUCGGGUAUGAACAUAGAAGCGGAUGGCGCAUGCUCCGGAUGUUAAGGCCCGCCUCGCGCGCGAUCGCAACUUGUUGAUUGUUCGCUCACUUCACGCCAGUCUGCCGCGAACGAUGCGUCGGGCGGUCGUGUUUUGCGUCUCGCCCGUUAUCGCCCUGAACUUCGGAAUUGUUUUACGAAAAUAUGUAAAGUUUCUAAACAUAAACUUGUGCAGAACUGCCGUGACUAACGCACUACGUAGUGCUUAAUUACUUAAGAUUGAACUAAAUUAGUAGUUUUAAGUUUUUGAAACUUAAUAGGCUUACUCGUUUUACCUGCAUGCUUCGUCCCACGAGUCGUGCGAAGCGGUUACCUUUAUCGGAUAAACGAACAUUUUUCAAAUGGAUGUGCGUUUGUAUUCUGUGAUAGUGUGCGUGAUUAGUGUGAAUACAAGACAACUUCGUGUGUGCCUGUUUGCUCCUUGUGACAAGUUUUUACAGCAGUGACGUGCUCAAAAUAGUAAUAAUAUUGAAUUGAGAAAAUGGUACGCGGGGUAAAGAGGGGCUUCCUUGCCGCGCUGUUGAUCGGCUCGCUUGCGGUGGCGUCGACGCAGUAUACGAAAGUCCGCGAUCACCCGACACAUCAUGUUACGAGGUUACGGCAUUCCAGACACCUGGAUGGGUAUCUUCCAUUACAUUCAUCCUUCACGCCGGCGACAUCACCCAAGCUAGCUGUGAAGGACAACCACAAACCUCUAUUCACGGAGUGCCUUAAUUAUAGGCCAUCGUUGAAAGAAGAACAGCCUGUAGGAACCUAUGUCUUUACGGUACAUGCAGAAGAUCGGGAUCCACCCGAAAUGGGUGGAACAGUCACAUACAAGUUCGUCUCGACUCCUGGCGAGAAAGAAAGAUUUCAUGUCGAUCCUGAAACUGGAAGAAUAACUACAGCUGAUAUUUUUGACCACGAUGAACCAUCUCGUGAAAAAGAAGCUUAUAUAACGGUACGAGCUAGUGACAAUGGACAACCUCAGCUAGAUGACGCGUGUACUAUCAAAAUUCUUAUAGAAGACAUCAAUGACAAUCAGCCAGUCUUCGACAAAGUUUCAUAUUCGGAGUCGGUACCACAAGAUUUGCCAAACGGCCGCGAGGUGAUGCGGAUAUCGGCUACUGACAUAGAUGAUGGGAACAACUCCAUCGUACAUUAUAGUCUAGAUUCCAAUUCGCCUGAUCAGACCUACUUCUACAUCGAUCCAGACAAUGGGGUCAUAUUCUUAAAUAAAACAAUUGAUAAAGUCCCCGGUUACAAAUUUAAGUUGAGCGCGAUAGUAAAAGACAUGGGUGAUCCACCGCAACAAAGUUCGAUUACUUUAGACAUCCAAGUCGUUGAGUCUAACAAGAAAAGCCCGUCUUUUAUAGAAGUGCCUGAUGAGCCGAUAAGAUUAAAAGAAAAUUACGCGGACUUCAACACACCAAUAGCUACCGUGAGGGCGAUAUCUAAUAUACCCGAAGAAAAGAAAUUACAGUUUGAAUUGGUGAUGGGACAAACAGAACAAACGAACAAAUGGCACACAUUCGUCUUAGAACCAGAAGCUGAUUCGGCUUAUAUAAAACUCGGAAAUCAUUUGGAUUUUGAAAAAAUAACUGACUAUACUUUAACUGUUAGAAUACAGAAUAACUACAAAUUAGCAGCAGAAACGAUAAUCCAAAUUGAAGUGGAAGACGUGAAUGAUAAUAUACCAAUAUUCAGUGAAAUUAGAUCUGGUAGUGUAUUAGAAAACGAACCACCAGGAACUCCUGUCAUGCAAGUCAGAGCUUUCGACGCUGAUGGUACAUCAGCUAACAACCAAGUUACUUAUGAACUAGGAGAUCCUUCUGACCCUUUUGCUAUAGACAGCAUAACGGGAAACAUUACCACACUUAAAAUGUUCGAUAGAGAAGAAAGGAGUUUUUACAAUAUUAAGAUUAUAGCUACGGACAAUUCUGAGUCAGCCCUUAUUCCUGGAAAACACAACGCUGGACAACAAGUUUUUCUAAUAGAAAUCGCAGAUAAAAACGAUAACCCGCCACACUUCACUCAAGACACUUAUGUCGCCGAGUCGAUAGCUGAGAAUGCGAAUAUUAACGAGAUCGUCACACAAGUUACUGCUUUGGAUAUUGAUACAGCAUCUGUGGUAACAUACAGCAUUGUUGCUGGCAACACAUACGACGCAUUUGUCAUUCGUAACUUUACCGGUGAAAUUCGAGUUAACAAUGAACUUGAUUACGAAAACAUCACCAACUACAGUCUCGACGUGAGAGCAUUUGAUGGCCUUUAUGAAGAUUACGCAAAAGUUUUGAUCAAGAUUGAAAACUUGAACGAUAACCCGCCUGUCUUCUUGGCUAACUAUACCAAGACAAUCGAAGAAGAAAAGUUGUACGAAGGAUGCAUUGUCAAGGUGGAAGCGUAUGAUCCAGAUCUUGAUAGGAAUGAGCCUCAAAAUAUAAUUUAUUCGUUAGUCAAGCACGAACAGAAAGAAUUUCUCCGAAUCGACAAUGACGGUUGUCUCCGUCUUACCAAACCUUUAGACAGAGACCAGCCAUCCGGUUUCACGAGGUGGCAGAUUCUUAUCAUGGCUGCUGAUCACGGUGGAAGAUUAGGAUCGGAUAGCUUGAGGUCCACCACUGAAGUCAUUUUGGAAUUAACGGAUAUCAACGAUAACGCGCCAUUUUUAACUAAUACUCAACCAGUAAUAUGGUACGAGAACGACCCUCCAGGGCAGGUUGUGAUUCUCACGGCAAAAGACUACGACUCGACUGAAAAUGGCCCUCCUUUCACCUUCGCGCUCAACGAAUCCGUUAGCUUCGAUAUUCGAUCCAAAUUCCACAUACAAGGCAACAUACUAUCAACAAUCGUCUCCUUUGAUCGAGAGCAACGCAAAGAGUAUAAGAUACCAGUCGCAAUAACCGACUCUGGUACUCCAAGAUUGACUGGAGUUUCGAUUCUCCACGUCGUCAUCGGCGAUAGGAAUGACAAUCCGAUGGGUCCUGGUCACAGCGAUAUUUUUGUAUACAAUUAUAAGGGCGAAGCACCAGAUACAGAAAUAGGACGAGUCUUCGUUAAUGAUCCUGAUGAUUGGGACCUACCAGACAAGCGAUUUAUGUGGUUGCCUUCUUACGAACAGAGAAGCCCCUACUUCGAUGUCCAUAGUAACACUGGCAUGAUAACCAUGAAAGAGGGAACGCCCAAUGGAACUUAUUUGCUACGAUUCAAUGUGACAGAAGAAAACGAACCGCUUGUACCCUUCCACUGGGUGGAGGCGACAGUGAACGUGACAAUAAAGGAGAUACCCGAGGAAGCGGUCGACAAAUCCGGAUCGAUUCGCUUCGUGAACGUCACCGCGGAAGAGUUUAUUAUUCCUGAAGCAGAUGGCACGAGUAAAAAAGACAAACUGCAUCGUCGUCUCUCAGAACUAUAUAACAAGUCGAUGGACAAUGUGGAUGUUUUCACAGUAUUCAGCAAGUUGACUGUCAAAGACGCGUUCUUGGACGUCCGGUUCUCAGCUCACGGAUCGCCGUACUUUGAAGCUGAGAAGCUGGAUAGUAUGGUUAUCGGGAUUCAAGAAAAGCUGGAAGAGGAACUCCAAGCGAAAAUCUACAUGGUGAAGAUAGACGAGUGUCUAAUAGAAAAAGAACAGUGUGAAGAUUCGUGUCGUAAUAUCCUGAUGAAGAACAACGUUCCGCUCUCGGUGUACACAAACACGACCAGUUUCGUCGGUGUCUCCGCUAGAGUGGAGUCCGAGUGCACUUGUGACGUUGAAGAACCGCUCGUGUGCUUGAAUGGAGGUACCCCGUUCGCUGAUAAAUGUGAAUGCCCAGAGGGAUGGAAUGGACCUCACUGUGAACAGACUAGCAUAGCUUUCCAUGGCGACGGCUGGGCGAUGUACCCAGCUCCGCCAGCUUGUCACGAGGGACACGUCACGCUCACCGUCACUUCGCACACGAGUAACAGUCUCAUCUUUUAUUUGGGACCGUUAAAAUUCAACCCACUUUUGGACGUUCAAGACUUUAUGUCCUUGGAGUUGGUAGAUGGUUUUCCAGUUUUGCUGGUAAAUUAUGGAUCAGGAACGACACGUCUCAACAACAGCGUUGUGCACGUUGCUGACGGCAAGCCCCAUCUAAUCGAGAUCGUCCUCAUGAGAAGUUCCAUAGAAAUGUUUGUAGACAGAUGCAAGUUAUCAACAUGUAUGAGUCUUGCAGCACCGACGGGACCGAGGGAAAUACUCAACGUUAAUGGCCCGCUCCAGGUUGGCGGUGCUAGCGUGGAUUUGCAAGAUCUAGCAAGAGCGUUCGGAUGGCGGCACGUACCUACAAACCAGCACUUUUUGGGUUGCAUCAGCAAUUUCACAUAUAACGAUUUUAUGUACAAUUUGGGCAGGCCGUCCGUAGAACGUAAUGCCGAUCCCGGCUGUCAGAAGAGCGUAUUUACAGCCGUUACUUUUGGCAUCGACACUAACUUCCUCGUUGCCAUUUUAGUGUGCAUCGCCAUCUUGAUUAUUCUCCUCUUAGCUGUAGUCGUCCAUCGCAAGCGAGCUGACGCGUGGGCAGAGAAAGAACUAGACGACAUUAGAGAGAACAUCAUCGCGUAUGAGGACGAGGGCGGCGGCGAAGGAGACGCGGGCUACGAUCUGCACGUGCUGCGCCAGAUGUACGACGGGCCGCCGCCCGACACGGACGCCACCUUCAUGCACGCCCCAGUGGUUGGAGCUGCACCAGACAUUUCCGGUUUCCUGGACGACAAGAAGUCGGUCCUGGACCGGGAUCCAGAUAUCAAUCCGUACGACGACGUGCGACAUUACGCGUACGAGGGAGACGGCAAUACAAGUGGAUCUCUUUCAUCGCUAGCUAGCUGUACCGACGAUGAAGAUCUCAAGUUCAACUACCUGUCGACGUUCGGGCCGCGGUUCCGCAAGCUGGCGGACAUGUACGGCGACUCGGACGACGAGCGCGCGCCGCACGAGGAGUCGUGGUGCUAGCGCCACGCCUGGCUCGUGUAGCCACCCGACUAUCGACCUUGCGCCGCCGGCAUUAGGGCGGAACUGCCGCGACAGCUUGGCGAGACCAAGUAAGACCAAGCUAUGAUGCCUUAUUUCUAUUUCGUGUAUCGAGUGAAUGUUGCAUCGCGAACCCACCGGACUUUUAAAACUUCGAGCCUGUGAUAAUUACGCGAUGGUUUGUCGGACUUAAUUUUUAUUGUGGCGGUUUGUGGCCUUGUGUCAAAUUGCCAAAUCGUUUGGAAAUACAUAAAUUGCCUAUUAUAUAUUAUUAUGUCAACGGUAUUAUUAUAACUUUUUUGUUUUUGUUUUUUUUUUUUUAAUAGUAAUUGGAACGUUUUGGUUUCGUUAUACUUGGAUUUGGAAGUUUGAGGGUAGUACGCAGGCUUUAAUACAAAUAUUCUCUUCAAUUUAGUAAACGUUAUUGAGAGAACGCGAUUAAAUAUUGCGAUACUGUUCUAAAGAAUGCCUGUUUAUCCAGAAGUGUAAUUUUUAAUUACAUGUAAUUAAUUACAUAUUGGGAAGAAUUAAAAGGUUAAUGUUGUAAGAAAUGACUGAUUUGUAACAUUGUUUGGGCAUCGUUGUAGAUACGCCUAAAUUAUUUCUUGUAUGUAAUUUUAUAUAUAUUAAUCGUAAGAUCGAACUAUGUAUGAUUUUGUAACUUAAGGCUAGUUCACACUAUAUGUACCUAAUAUAGUUGUUUUUUUUUAAUCAUUAUUUUUGUAUGAUUGUAAAUUAUUGUGACAAAACGCAAGGUUCUAAUUUCAUUAGUAUUAUUAUUGGCAGCAUUUAUGAGAGUUAAAACUAAAGUUUUUUAUAAUGUAUUUUUAAAGUUAAGUGCCAUCAUUUUCAUUAUGUAAUUUUAAGUUUGCAUAUCCAAAAGAUCCUCUUUGAAUUCUAGUCACUUUGGCUUGAAUCUUUAAGAAAAAAACGUCCAAGAAAUAAAGAAAAAAAAAACAUUAUAGUCGCUAAAGUGAAUAGAUGUCUUCAUAAUCCCCCGCGCCCCUAAAAUUGUAAUUUCAGAUCGAUUCGUGUUAUCACUAUUACAUUGUUAAGUAAUAUUAAGUUUUUUUACAAUUAUUUUUUUAUUGACAAUUUUUUAUAUUUACUUAUGCAAACAAAAAUUGUUAUUUAUAUAUAAAGCUCAUUUUGUAAAGCGUCCAUUUCUAAAAAAAUGUAGUUUAAAAUAAAGAACGAAAUUAAAAAAAAAACCACUCGUUUUAUAGUUAAAUUAGUUCUUUAAUAAAUAUUCAAAAUACAUAAUUAUAUAUUAAUAUUAUUAAUUUUACCAUUUACAGGAAAGAAACUAUCUAUCUAAGGCAGAAAUCAGUUAUUUUGCAUAGCUAUUUUUUCAUAUUCGAAUUUAAAAAAAAAAAAAUUGAUUUCGUCACGUGUUCCGUAUAAACUAGGCCUAAAUGUAAAUAUGUAAAUUAUAUCGAUUACAUAAUUUACAAUUAAACUUAUGUCGUACGUUUAAGUAACUUUUAUAUGCUAAAGUAAUACAAGGUGUCUUAUAAUUAUGCAUAUCAACGAAUUGUAAGGAAUACUUCAUCUUAUUUCAUCUGUCUAAACAAAACUACUGAUACACUAUAUAUUAGUACAUAAUAUAAUCGUUAUGUAAUAUAUCAAUAAUGAAAAACGCAUUUCGCCUUUAAGUAAUUUUAUGACAUGAUCACAGAUUAAAAAGUACACCGGAAGUCUGUGAUUGAUUUCAUGUUUGAUGUUGAGUCAUCGUUUGAUAGUAUGAAGGAGUUAAGUAACAAGUAACUUCUGUCGCUUUGUAUACCGCGUACACAUUCGAAUACGUUUCGGUGACGUAAUUAUUCCGUUACAUAAUUAUAUGUAUCAAACGGAAUAAACUCAUACGUUCCUUACAAAUUAGUUCUUUUGUUUCUCAUUAUCGCUUUGAAAACAAUUUCUCAUUUUGAUUUCGUUCUCUGUAAAACCUAGCCUCCUUUAAUAUAAAAUUGUAACUCAAUUUAAGAACGUAAGGAAUCAAUUACAGGCCUUCGGCUAGCGUUACAUUCUUGUAAAAAAAAGACAAAUUGAUUAAUUUUAUGCAAAAAAAAAUUUAAACCAAUGACGUUUUAUCUCUAAAGAUCUUUUAAUUAAAUUAUUCUUUAAUUCAUUGAUUAAUUAGUCGAUACUACAAUCGUGUCUUCAAUGUGUAUCCUUAAUGUGAUAAAUUUUAAAGAUGGCAACAUUCAUGACUUAUAAAAAUGUGCUUGUAAUUUGUAAAUUAAAAAUCACAUAUAU